AUGACGUAGCCAGGACAGUCUAGGGCAGCUCAGGUGACCUUGGCAGUCAGGUCUUUCCCCUAAAUAUAUCCCGUUUCCGGGUCCGGUCCGAGAGGCUGAAGAGAUACCACCCAGCCCAGGGUAGUGCGGUCCAGAGGGCUCGAGGGAAAGGGAAAGAGGACUCUAAAGCGCCUGCGCUCUUGCGGCGCUCGCAGCCAGGGGAUCUCCUCUCCACCCCCGGGGCCUAGGACAGUCUCAGCUCCACCCUCGCUCUUCCUCUAUUGGCUGCGACGGCUCCGCAGUGGUUGGAGCGGGAAGAGACAAAGCCCCUGCCCUCUCCUCUGGACCCGCCUCCCGGCGUCGUUGCGGAGGUCUGAUUGGCUGGUCAUUUCUAGAUGAUCUAAGCCGGGGAAGUUGGGAACAAAGCUGUAGACGAAGGCUGCUUGUAAAAGGUGAAUCGGUAUUCUGCUCUUCUGUGGAGCUUCUUCCUUCAACCAACUACUACUAUGUCAUCAGAUAGUGAUGUUUCUCUUUCUACUUAUGAUGAGUCUUCAGGAUCAAAACUUGCCCGAAAAGCUAAGGAGGCACCAUUUGUCCCAAUUGGAAUAGCAGGUUUUGCAGCUAUUGUUGCAUAUGGAUUAUACAGAUUGAAGAGCAGAGGGAAUACUAAAAUGUCUGUCCACCUGAUUCACAUGCGUGUGGGAGCUCAAGGCUUUGUAGUAGGAGCAAUGACUGUUGGUAUGUUGUAUUCCAUGUUUCGGGAAUACUGGGCCAAACCCAAACCUUAGGAAGAAAGAUGCUGUCUUCAUGCUGAUGAUGUUUUAUAGAGCUGGAUACCUCACAUUGAGGUUAUUUAUGUUAAAAAAUCAUUUAGGGGUAUGUGGUUCUAAAAAGCACAUGUCAGACACAAUCAUGAUGUUUUAAAGAUUGGAUUUUUUUUUCAUGGAGAUUUUACUGUUUCCCAAGUAAUGCAAAGCCUUCUAUCCAAGCGUUUAUUAGGAGAGCUAAGUUAGUGCAAAAUGAACUAGUCAUUGAAAUUUCUUUGGAUGAUAUGUUAUAUUUAGGUUUCCCAAGUCUUAAAAAAUUAAUGCUCCAAGUAGCUCCUAUUGCUUUAACAUGUGGCCUAUUUUGGGAUAUAAUAUGGGAACUUCUUUAGCACUGGUCAGUCAACAUUUCCUUAGGUAGGAUGGUGGAAACGCCAUUGUCUAAGGCUGGUUGGCUUUAACUAGGGCCGAAAGAACAUCUGUUAGAAGAACACGAAAUAAAACAUUCUAGCAAGAGUUUUCUUCCCCACUACAACCUGUUUGUAUUUAAGGUGAGCCUUGAAAAGUUGUUUGUUAACCAGGCUACUUUAACACAGUGGUAUUUAUUAUAAUGUUAAUAAAACAUGAGAAUAACAUCCCAAAUAUUUUUGCUGCUGUUACAUUGAAAUUGUUCUUUAAAUACUAUAUGUUUUAUAUGUAUUUGAAGUGCUUGUUUAGCAGUAAAGAUAGAGAACUUUAAAAAUGCGUGCCGUAUUUGUUUUUUCACUGUGAGAGUUGUGUGCAAUUGAAAAAUGUAUUACUUCCCUUUAGAGUUGGUUGUUUAUCACACUAUGAGGAAAUUAAUGUUUGAGCUUUGUUAAUACCUGUGGGAGUCUAAUGUUUAAGAUGAAUAUGCAUUCCAUGGUAAUAGCAUGAUACAGCUAUCAUUAAACAAAAUGAACAUAUAAAA